CCUUUCGGCAUUCUGCCUUGGCCCACGCCGCAUGGGCCUUUGGUCGGUCAGACCGCAUGAGGUGUACGCUCCGCGGAAGCGGCACCCGCCGACCAUCCUGCCCGCCGAGCAGAAGGGCAAUAUCCGCUGCGCAGACUUUGAAUGUGUCGACUCGCUGGAGGCGCUGACGGUGCUCAUGGACCGCGCCGCCGCAGCCGGGAAGGGCCUGCGCGUGAUCGGCUCCGGCUGGAGCUGGAAUCCCAUCAUCGAGGCGGACGGGCGGUCCUCCAACAUGGUCUUCACCGGGCCGAUGUCCACGCGCAUCGCCUUUGACGUGGCCGGCCUCCGCGCGUCGGUCGCCGCCGGCGCGUCGAUCUGCGACUUUGUCUUCAAGGCGGAGGAGGAGGGGCUCGAGGUGGAGUGGCCUGCGAAGGGCUUCUGCUUCACGCCCUCGGAGAGCCAGACCUUUGGCGGAUUCCUCGCCACCAACGUCCAUCACUCGCACACGCCGACCGCCUUCGACUGGGUCGAGGCGGUCGAAGUCGCAGUCUUUGCCGGCGGCGUGGCGGCCGUCGUCACGGCGUCUCGCGAGGUGAGGCCUGACCUGUUCGCAUCUGUCUUUGGCAGCGUCGGCAUCACCGGCAUCCUCGUCGGGCUGCAGCUGCGCCUUCGGAGGGCGCGGAGGUACGACGUCCGGACGGACCACGGGCGGCUGCGCCCGCACUCGCUCUUCGGCAGCAGCAGCGUGGCCGAGGUGCUGCUGCAGGUGCUCGAGCCAGACACCAUGUGCCAGAUCUCGACGUCGGAGGGCGAGUACUGCGUGCGGGUGGUGCCCGAGGCGGCCGACCCCGCCGCGCCGGCGAGUAUGGUGCUGGAGCGGGACGGCGACGGCAAAAACGACGGCGUCUCUUCGCUGCUUGUGCCAGACUACAACUCGCUGCUGCCCUGCCUGCUCUGCCCGCUCUGCUGCUCUUGCGGCGCCGCCACCCGCCGCGCGUGCAGCUGGUUCGGCCUCGCCACGCCCUGCUGCGGGCAGGAGGGGAGCUACCAUGGCGACCAGGGCCACUCUCUGGCCCGAGGAGUGGUGCAGUGGCUGUCGGCGAGCCUGCGCAACGACACGGUGCUAUUCACAGCGAUUCACAGCACAAGCCUGCUAUUCACAGCUAUUCACAGCUCGAGCCUGCGCAACGACGCGGUGCAGCUGGAGAGGGCAGACCACGCCUGCGAUCCACAGCACAAGCUUUUGCCGGGCGGCUGCAUGGGAAGGCGAGAGCUGUGGUCCGGCGAGUCGGUGCUGCACUUCGACGGCGGCGACCUCUCUUUCUUUGUGCAGCGCGCCGACUACGCCACCUUCGUCGCACUGGUCGCGCCGCUGGUCGAGCAGGCCGCUCGCUAG